CGCUUCGCCAGGACAGAGCGAAAACAGAGUCGUUAUUUCCUACGCUGUUUGCAUCCAAGUUCAAUAAGUUGCUAUGGUAACCGAUAAAGUAGUCUGGAUAGCAUAAAGAAAGGCGUUUGAUUUAAACCGAGUAUAAAUGUUUACUUGAUGACCUGAAGAGUAUACCUAGGGUGUCAAGCCCAUUAUACAUAAAGCAACUACUUUAGUCAUAUAUCUUGGUCACUCCAUGAUAAAAUCAUGGGAUCUGUUAUGAUAUAUAAUUGAAGACUGCUGAUCAAUUGCUUCCUUUGAUAAAUUGUGAAAUAUGACUGAUGAAGAUAGUGACAGCAAAGAUGAUGAUUUACAAAAUAUGACUUUUGUAUGUGUGGCUCUGCAUGAUUUUAGAGCUGAGCAGACACAUGAUUUAUCAUUUCAACAAGGUGAAUUGUUAACUGUGACUGGAAUCAGGGAUAGUGGUUGGUGGGAAGCAAAAAAUGAUAAAGGAGAAACUGGCUUAGUUCCUUCUACUUUCCUUAAAAUUCCUGAUCAUGUAAAAUCAAAAACUGAUGGUACACUGGGAUUGGAAACUGAAAAAAGGAAUGUACCAUUCUCUGAUUCCAAAAGUAUAUCCAAAAAGCCAGAAAAUUCUGAAUGUAACGAAGAUUUUAUCACUGACGAAACUGAGCCUCCCAGAAUUCUUGUGGAUCGUUUUUCGGAGUUAUCAAUAAAUCACGAUGUGCUGCCUGAAGGAUUUCGACACUCAAUGCUCUUUGAUCUUGCCCAAAAGGAUUCCCAUUACAUUAUAGGAAAUUUUAUGGCUCCUAAACUAGAUGAAUCUGGUAUCGCUUUUAAAGAUAUAUGUUAUGACAAGACACUACUGAAACCUAAUUCAACGCUACUUCAAAAGAAAAUUAGCUUGAUUGCUGCAAGACAAAUACCUGAGCCUCCUAAUGAUUUCAUUGUGAAGAGUCGUCAUAUAAGAAUGUGCUUUCAUGAUGGUAAUAAGCAGGUACUCAGCAAUAUUCACACUGUGAAGGCGAAAUGGAAUAAAAGUUCUCCCAAAUUAUGGAUGUUUAAUUCAAAGGUGACACCUAAGGACUCGUGUGUUGAAGAAGGAGAAAUAUUUAUUAAAUGUAAUGAAUGUGUUCCCACUUUAGGGAUUUUAUUUGAACUGUGUAUCAGCUAUGAGCACGUGAAGGGAACUUCUGGUGAGAUGUGUUCUGGUUGGGCCUUCAUGAAAUUAUUAAAUGAUUCAGGGGAGCCUGUCAAAAGCAAAACUAACAUAUUGAAAGUCCAAGAUACAGAGCCAUUUACUGCUUAUUUUCUUCGUGCUAAUUCACAAGGUAUUACAGGUUUCUUCAAAAAAAUUAAAGAUAAGCAAAAACUCCCUCGCAUUGUCAUUUCGAUUUGUGAUCCCGAUAGACCUUCCAACCAGCAAAUGAGCUUCUUACCAUCGAGUUUGAUUGGACCAUGGAGUUGCAUCGCUAUUCUUUCUUUAUCUCGCAAAAUUAUAGCAGAGGACCUUUUGGAACGAAGUUCAUUUGACAGCUCUGAACGAAUUUUAUCUCCAGUUCUUGCAAGUCUGCCCCAUGUUCUAAAUGACCCUGACUUACUGGAUGCCCUAAGAAUAUCUUGGACUUCAGUUAUGAAAAAUCUUAAUACAGAUGAUAUAAGAAUGGAUAAUAUGAAGAAAAAGACAUUUCGAGAUUUAUUUUGUGAAACUGUUUUUGUUAUCGCAAAUAGUAACAACAUUCUACCGCUCAAGUUUGAAAAAUCCGAAUUGGAAAAUGCAAGGAAGUUUGAAAUUAAAAGACUUCUACAUAUUCAAGAAGCUCAAGAAAAAACAUUACCUUUAUCUGAAGAACUUGAAUUUUCACCUUUUUCUUUGAAGAUGAUAUCUGCAAACAUUAUUAAUUUCAACGAAAGAGAAAAAUUUUAAUGAAUUAUUUUUAUCUGAAGUUAGACAUUUUUAGCUGCAUUUUGGAAAAUAAUUCCUUAACCUUUCUUCCAUUUUGAAAUUCAGGAACAUCUGAAGAUUUUAUAAAUACCUUCAGUUGAAAAUACACAUUCAAAAUAAAUAUGCUAUGAAUAUCAAAUGUUAACUUAUAACAAUUGUACUUUACUUACAAAAUAAAUUCUAAAAUCCUUCUUACGUGAAAAUUUUUAUUUGUGUAAAUUCCAGCAAGAUUUAUCCUUUUUCCCUCAUUAAAUAUAAAUUACUGACUAAGCGGCCUAUUUUAUCACAAAAAUUCGCCUAUUUUAUCACAAAUUUCCUAUUUCGACAAAUGCAAAUCAGUGUAAUCUUAAUAUAUCAGUCAGAAAUCUAUA